CACAAUAUUAAUAUAUUAUAACAGUAGUGUUUUUAGUAGCAACAGUAGUAGCACUAGCAGUAGUAGUAGUAGCUACAGUGUCUAUUGGUCUAACCCGCGGUUUACUAAUUCCUCCCACUCGACGGUGUUAAAAUAAAAAGUAGUAAACAAAAUCGGUUUUUUUUUUUUUUAUCGCCGUUAUAUUUUGCCGGUGUGAAAUUAUUGUGCGACCGCGGUUCGAUACACUAUAUUAUUUUACGUCUUAUAGUCUAUUCGGUACAUGUAUAAUAUUGUUGUAUUUUGUUCUCUCUCUCUGUCUCUCGAAUUUCCUAUCCGCUUCCUCGGUCGUUCCAAUCGUUCAAACACACAGCCGUUGGACCAGCGGUCGAAUUCGCACCGCUGUCAUUUGUGUGCCGCUCGCGGUGGAAAGCGCAAGUAACACCGUAUCGGCCUCGCGGAUGGAUAGACCGACACGCACCGCACAGGGCAACUGCACGUGACGCCAGGUUAGUCGAAUGUCGAUGUUGUCUUCAACGAAUGGAUUUUGAAGGGAAAGCGUUGAAAAUCGUCGCCGACCGUUUCUAAACCGUAUCAAUUGAAACGCGUACUAUCGCCAAAAAGAAAAAACCAUUUCCGCGGUGGUCUUUUUCUUUUAAUUCUAGCAAUUUUCCUUAUACGAAAGAAGAAGCUUUUUCAUUUUGGCACAAUGCGCGUUUUUUCCUUAAUUGAUACACACACAAUCUGUGUGUCCAAAUAGGCAUUUACUUUCUAUGCCGGACACCGGCGAUCUUCAUUCGGAAGAAGAUAACAUGUUAGACGGACUCCAACUCCGCGGUCGGUCGUUUGAUUUGUCCACCGACCGUUCGAGAUCUUCCAGCAUCGAAGACAGUUCUUUCUAUUUGCCAAACAACAACAACGCGUCCGAAGACGACGACGAUAAUAAUUCAAAAAGCGAUUCAGAAAGCUCAGACGAAAAGUCUUCGAGGAGGGCCACGUCGGGCAAGCGCAAACGUCAGAGCAGUCUCGAUGACAACGACGAAGCAUCGACGUCUCCAAAGACCAGAAGAUGCCGGAGAAGUAUUCGUCAAAGACGGUCAAUGGACUCGCUGACGGCCAAAGACCGGAAUUUAAGAAGACUCGAAAGCAACGAACGCGAACGAUUGCGCAUGCAUUCCCUAAACGAUGCAUUCGAGAAAUUGCGAGAAGUCGUACCACACGUGAAAAUGGGACGAAAACUGUCCAAGCUAGAAACGUUGACGUUGGCGAAAAACUACAUAAUGGCGUUGACCAAUGUGAUAUGUGAAAUGAGAGGAGAACAAAAACCAUUCACUUUUGACGAUCCCGACCAACCGGAAAACGAAUACGAUUCCAGCAACGACGGCGGAUUCGAGUCCGGCAACAGCAGUAAAGUUCCUAACAACUUGGAACAAGAGUUACUGUCUUCAGACUAACUUGGUAGAACGUCUAAGCGACAUACACCACCAUUUCCACCCUUCCUAUAUUGUAUUUUUAUUAGUAUUUUUUUUGUAUAAAUACCACAACCUAUUAUUAUUAUUAAUUUAAUUAUCAAUGUGUUAUUAGUUAUGUUAAGUCCUCAUGAUUUUUGUUUUUGGAGAUUACCACAAAACAUAUAUAUACAUUGCACGUUAUUACAGCAAUAAUAUUAUAUUAUUUUAUUCGAAUAUUAUUAUAAUGUUAAUUCUCGCACUGGCCUAUUAGAGUGAAUUUAAAGUAAAUAUUGACUCGAAUCGCACGACAGGCAAUAACUGCGUGUUUGUGUGUCGAAGUGGUUGCCUACCAUUUGUAAAUUAAGGCGACUCUUGAUCUCAAGUCACUCCACACAUACACUCACCUUCUUAUUUAACGUUAUCAUUAUCUGCUAAGGUCCAUGUUCAGCUGCAUUUUCCUAUCCACAAUUGAAAAUUCUGUGAAUUUAUCAAACGUUCCAACAGUUACAAAGUAUAAAAAUUGAACUUUAUAAUUA